AUGCUGUGCACCAUAGAGCUGAUUAUUUUAUUGUUGGAGAAAAUAAACUCAAGUAAUAUUUGAUUCAGAAGUGUGCAAUUAAAUUUUAAAUGACGUUUCCAUGUUUCACGGUCACUUGUGAAAGUCCUUGGGAUGAAUAGCUUUAUAGAAGCAUAACCCAUGACUCCUGGGCCGCUAGAGUGAUGGGGAAAUCCACGAUUAGAGUAGGUGCUAUUUGAGUGACUUGUCAAUGCAGGAAAAUAUUUCUGAAUACUUCCAAGCCAGAACAGCCAUGUCCCCUUCUCACCCUCCCAUGUGUGUGUACAUAUGACAAAUGAGGAAGUGUGUGUCUUUUUGGCCGAAGCCUUUAAUGGGAAAUGAGGAGCCAGCUUUCUCUGGGUGUGGUCCCUGCAAAGAGGAGUACUGUGGGGCAGGGAUGACGACAGCAGCCUCCGCACCUUCACUGGCUGGCUGUUCAAGGUUCAUGGGCUCUACCCAGCUUCCUCUGGCAGAUUUGCCACCUGCACCACCAGCACAGGCAGGCGGGCAGAACAAGCGAGGGAUGUUAAUCUGGGAGGAGAUGAGUGCUUUGGAAUGGCUUCCAUUGUGGGUCAUUAAGCUGCUAAAAAAUCAUAUAUUCCUGGUUGCUCCCACUCGUGGCAGAGAUGAGGGGAUUCCAGCCAAUGCCUCUUCAGGCAUGAGCUCCUCAAAACGCCCUCGGAACCAGCCGACUUCAACCCUGACCAAUGCCAACCACAUCAUGGAGGACCGGAAUGAUAUGGCUCAAGCCCCUGCCAGUGGGACCUCCCGGAGGGCUGGACUGCUGCAGAACGCCAACAACAAUGCCUCCACUGGGCCGUGGCGGAGCCUGAAAAGCCCUUCCCUCUCUUCUUCUGCCUCCCACCCGAGAUUAAGCUAUCUGGAGCGUGUGGUGCUGGAGAUAGUGGAAUCCGAGCGCACGUACGUGCGGGAUUUACGAAGCAUCAUCGAGAAUUACUUGGGGAAGAUCAUAGACACUGAAGAGCUGCUGCUGCUGCGACCAGAACAAGUUAGUGCGCUCUUUGGGAAUAUCGAAAGUAUCUAUGAGCUGAACAGUGAGCUCCUGCAGGAUCUGGACAGCUGCCACAACAACCCUGUGGCUGUGGCGAGAUGCUUUGUGGACAGGAGCCAGGACUUCGAUAUCUACACUCAGUACUGCAAUAACUACCCGAACUCUGUGGCAGCUCUGACCGAAUGCAUGAGGAACAAACAGCUAGCCAAAUUCUUUCGUGAGUGCCAAGAGCAAAUACGUCACUCGUUGCCCCUCGGCUCCUACCUUCUGAAGCCUGUCCAGCGUAUUCUCAAGUAUCAUUUACUCCUGCAGGAGAUAGCUAAGCAUUUUGACAUAGAAGAGGAAGGCUAUGAAGUUGUGGAAGAGGCAAUUGAUACCAUGACUUGUGUGGCUUGGUACAUCAAUGACAUGAAACGGAAGCAUGAACAUGCUGUGCGGCUGCAGGAGAUUCAGUCCUUGCUUAUUAACUGGAAGGGCCCGGACCUGACAACUUAUGGAGAGUUAGUCCUGGAGGGCACCUUCCGUGUCCAUCGGGUCAGAAAUGAGAGAACUUUCUUCCUGUUUGACAAAAUCUUGCUGAUAACAAAGAAACGGGGCGAUCAUUUUGUGUACAAAAGCCAUAUUCCAUGUUCCUCCCUGAUGCUGAUCGAGAGCACACGAGAGUCACUCUACUUUACUGUCACCCACUACAAGCACAACAAGCAGCAGUACAACAUCCAGGCCAAAACUGGGGAAGAGAAGCGGGUUUGGACACACCACAUCAAGCGCCUGAUCCUGGAAAAUCACCACACCAUCAUCCCUCAGAAAGCCAAAGAAGCCAUCUUGAAAAUGGACUCAUACUAUCCCUCUUACUUCAAAUACAGUCCAGAGCGGCUGAAGAAGUCUUGGCAAACUACAGAGGACAUCUCCCAACAUGGUCGCCAGGGGAGACGGCAGUCAGAACCCUUCCAUGGCAAAAACAGUGUCGAGAAGCUCCCAGAUGGACUCCACCGCUCUGCCGCAUCAGGGCUGAAAGCCCGCAGAAAAUCGGAGCCAACAAAAGAGAUCCUCAAACAACUCAGCAACAAAGGAAUAAAGCAUGCAGGUAGUGAUGGAGUCCUUUUGGAGUUUGGGGAAGCCCCACAGCCCCCCAAGAGUGUUCCCCGGAAUGAGGAUCGGCAGACCCUUCUACAGGAAUCUCCAGAAGCGUUGGCUGAAAGUGAUGGCAGCGAGAAGGAAGUGGGGCUAGAAGAAGAGGAGGAGGAGGAGGAAGAGGAGGAAGAAGAAGAAGAAGAGAGGCUGGUAGGAACGGCGCAGGUGGCAGACUUUGCAAGCUCCUUGAUGGCCGUCCUCCAUUGCUGGCACUAUCGAGCCAACGCUUUGCUUUUCUCCUGGGGCAGCACGGGCAAGGGCCACAAGGCACAGGAAGGGCCCAAGCCAUGCCAGUCGCCAGGUGGCAGUGAGAAGAACAGGAUCGUGAAGACUGUCUCGUCUCUCCCGAAGGCUCGAUCAGCCGUGGAGAUUGGCCGAGAGCAAGACGCUUCUCAUGAGGAAGGGUGCCCAGAAGAGAGUGCUUCAGACCCCGAGUCCACAGGGAUGCUGGGGCCUGCCUCAGCAGACCAGGAUGGGCUCCUGGGCCAGUGCCCCGAUAGCUUGGAGCCCACUGAGGGCACAGAAGAGCUAAAACCUCUUAGCAGUGAGGAGGAGGAGGAGGAGGAGGAAGAGGAAGAGGGGGGCGAAGAGGGACAUGCACCCCAGUCCAGAAGCAUCCUUCCUUUGUCGGUGCUGGAUCAGGCCAGCAUCAUUGCGGAGCGCUUUACCAGCAACCUCUCCCGGCGCAGCAGCCUGGCCCUCGAGGAGGGGAAAGGCUUCCUGACCCCAAAGCAGGCCAGCCAGUGUGGCAGCGCCCUAAGCCUUGACGGCAGCGAGACGGCCACGUGUCGCAAUGGCAGCACCGCUGACUCCCAGGCUGGGGCCACCGGCCUGCCGCCAGAGGCCCCGGCGGCACCCAUUGCUGUCCCCAGUGGGGCGGCCUCACUGGGCCUGCUUGAGACGGACCGGACCGCGUGUCGACGGAAGGAAUCCAUGCUGUCCCAGCAGGACCGGCUGCUCUUGAACAAGAUCAAGAGCUACUAUGAUUACGCUGAGCACCAGGAUGCCAGCUUCAGUGUUAAGCGGAGGGAGAGCCUGUCCUACAUUCCCAAGGGGCUGGUGAGGAAUUCGGUGUUCAGAAUCAACAGUCUCCCGCAGCCAGAGCCAGGCCAGGACGUGCUGAAAAGGAAAAGGCUAGGCUCCACGGGCAGCAGUGGGGCCGGCCGGACCGCAGCCUGGGUGUUGUCCAAUAGGCCAGCCGUUCAGCCCCAGGCUGCCCCCUCCGAUGCAUCCUGUGCGGAAAAUCCCAUCACUGAUGCAGAAUUCAGGCCAUCUGGUGAGAUGGUGAAAGUCUGGGAGGAGAUGGAGAAACCCCGGAAGGGCCUCUGGAGUAGGAGGGUGGACAGCGGCACCAGGACAGGCAUGGCAAAUGGGCCAGCGGCUGCGGCUGCCUCCCCGCAGCACAUGGAGCGCCCCAUGAAAGACAGGCUGAAGGACCAAGAGAAUGGCUUUGACCUUCACGAGCCGUUGCUGAUCCUGGAGGAUGAGGAUCUCGGUGCCAUUGCGGAGGAGUCAGCGGUGCCCUCCCCCGAAAGCAAGUCCCCAGUGGAACGGGCUGCACCCUCCAGGUGGUCCUGGAGGCUGGGACACUGUGAGCAAGAGCGGGGGCUCCCCUCAUUGCACCCCCAUAUAAUGCAACUGGCCGGCCUGACUGAGGCGGAGCUGAUGGAGAAGCUGAGUAACAAGGUUUACCACCUGGCCCGCCAGUACAGCCUUCGCAUCAAGGGCCACAAGCCCCCGGUGCACAGGGGACCUGCUGAGGUGGAGGAGAUGAACAGCGGUGCCUCGACCGGCCAGCUGGAGUCCGAGAAGAAAGGCAAGGGCAAAUGGAAGCCCACCUUGAGCCUCUUCAACUACGAGCAAGUUGUGCUGCAGGAGGCCAGCCCAGUAGCCCUGCUUUCCUCAUCCUCAUCAUCCUCAUUGCAGAAGUCACCCAAGCGCUUCUCUUUCAGCCCAUGCGCUAGUAGCCCUCACCUCAUUUCCCCCACCAGCACCCUCUCACACAGUCCCAUCAGCCCCGUUGUAGCCGAGAAGUUCAGCUGGCCAGAUGUGCGAGAGUUGAGGUCCAAGUAUUCCUGUCAGAACAGGGCUGAGAAGGGCAGGCCCCUGCCUGUCAACAGGAGCCGCUCGGCACCAGAGAAAAUGAUGGAUGCAGAGAGGAUGCCAGCAGAUCAGCAGCACCCAAAGAGGAAUGUGAAUGCAGGCGCAAAAUCUCAGGAAGGGGUGGUACAGAACAGCAGAGGAAAGGGCUCCCUUGACUCCGUCCUGAAGGAUCAUAGCUUCAAUGCUCAUGAGGAAUUACGUGUCACAGCCGAAGCCUCUUUGGAGAACAAUCAACGGGUGAUUGUCACAGAGAAGCUGCUGGAUGGGACUGGGGAACUGGAUGAAAGCUAUGUACAGAUUCGCUCCCCUACAUCUCGGGAGAAGAUCUCUCUCAAGGCUGUGGUGGAGCGGUGCAAGGCUUACCAGGACUCAGAGGAAUACCGCAGGCACGAGCAGGACUUUCAGGACGUGUCUCCCCAGAAGGCACUUCGACAAGACUUGUGGGAGAAAACAGACAACAGCCAGCAGAGCCUGGUGAAGAACCUGAGGGAGAAAUUCCAGACCCUGAAUUCCAUCAGUUGAGCAUCUGCAUCAUGCUCCUGUGCCCCUAAGUGAAACAUAGGAAAGUUCUUGAGGGAGCCUUCGAUGGGACCUCAUCACCUUUUCCAACCUCUUUAGCUCUGGGACAGAACUGGCAACAAUGGCUUUCCUUCUUGGAGGUGCCACUCAGAUUCUCUUUACUCACUGUGCGCUGUCUCAUGUGGGCAGCUGUCACGAACUUCCAGGAAGCUGCAGCCUCUGACAAGGAGUUCUUCCAUGGUUGUGCAUUCUAAGCUGGGUUGUUUCUCUCCUUAAAUGGCCUGACCCUGUUACUGCCUUGCUACUGGUGCCCCGUUGGCAAUGCUAUUGGCAGUAAUCUUAGUACAUCUCCUAGAAGCAUCAAGGGCCUCCCCCUUAGAGCACUGUAUCAUAAAUCAGCUACUCAUGUGGCCUACUGAGAAAAGGUAGGUUUCUCCCUCCAAGGUCAGGCAAGGUUGGGAAAUUCCUGCCUUGUCAAGCCAGUGUGGAAAUGGACAAACCUUCUGUUGAUCAGUCUUACAGGAGAGUAAGUUAUUUCCCCAAGCCCUCUUUUGUUUCAUGUUUUAUUUUUUAAAAGAAUGUAAUUUUACUGUGGUUGGGAGUUUUGCUUGGUUCCAGCCCUCCCAGUUUGAGAACAUAUAAUCUAAUAAUACUGGUUGUGUACACAUUUCAGCCUGUACGCACUGUGCAAUAACCACUUUUGAUCAGA